AUGUCCUCCCCAGAAACCCCAACCGCCCCGCACGACCACGUCGCAUACAUGCAACGCGCCCUCGAUCUUGCACGUACAUCCCCUCCGAAGCCAACGAACUAUCGCGUCGGAGCCCUCAUCGUGGACGCGCACACGAAUACGGUGCUGGCGACCGGGUACACACUCGAAUGCGAGGGCAACACACACGCGGAGCAAUCGUGCCUGAUCAAACUCGCCGAAGCUCACCAGAUCCCCGAACAUAGACUUGCGGAGGUUCUCCCCGCCGGCACGGUGUUAUAUACUACGGUUGAGCCUUGCUUCAAGCGAAUGAGCGGGAAUCUGCCGUGUGUAGAACGGAUACUGCGGUUGAGGAGUGCGAUCAAGACGGUGUAUGUUGGGGUGAAGGAGCCGGAGAAGUUUGUCGGGGAGAACACGGGGAGGCAACAGCUGGAGGACGCUGGUAUUGAGGUUGUGCUCGUGCAGGGUUUGGAGGGAGAGAUACUGGAGGUGGCUACGGCUGGGCACAUUAAUUGA